AGGCCGUGACGUCAAGUGAAGAGGGAGAAAGAUUGAUGCAAAGUUUAUAAGUAGGAGCCACUCACUGGCAGAAGUCUCAAUCCAGUUUCAGCGGUUAACGACUUGAGACUCGUUGUUCAAAAGCUCAAUAAUUUCGCGCGCAAUAUUAAUCACACUAUACACUAGUGUGUAUAUGUGUAGGCUACGGCAGUGAGGGAAGAGGACAACAAUUGUGGAAGUGUGUAGUUAAGAGAAAGACAGAGAAAUAUAGUGAGACAGUCAUUUGAGGAAUUGGAUGAUGUAUCGAGUUUGGAUUUAAGAGGCACUUUUUUUUUCUUCAUCAUUGGAAGAGUGCCCGUGUGUGUGUGUUUUUCAAUAAAAUUUCACACAACCUACACUUACAAUAGGUUGUCGUGGAUUUUCGAUAGUAAGAGAUAUCGUGGAAAAGACUGAGAGCAUUUAUAGUGGCGGGGGAAAGGCGUCAGGAAAAGAGACAAAGAAAGGAAUAAGGAGUAGCAAUUGAAUUGAUGAAUGCGCGGGAAAGAGAGUGAAAUAAAAGGCGGGAAGGAUUUUUUCCCAAUAGUGAGACACCCCAAAAUUUUGAUGAAAGGUGAAAAGAGAUCAAUGGACAUAUUUUUUGAAUCACCCAAUUGAAGAGACAUACAACAGAAGAAAAAAAAACACAGAUGGUGAUUUUAAUGUGGAGCAAGUGAAAUGCAAAAUAAAAUUGAGAAUAGCUGAAGAAGUGUCGAAGACAGAGUGAGAAGGCAUUGUUGAGUGAUAUUGAGAAAUUAUCGCCAAACACGUAGACAAUUUUUUUUUUUGGCUGUAUCACACUUAGUCAUUCUUCAGUAUUUAUAAAAUUGGAGGAGACGACGACGUGGAAAAAAUAUUUAACACCAAGAUUGUAUUUGUGAGUCUGAAAAUUUUCCUCUGACUCAUUCUUAUCGCAUUGACGUCCUCGAAAAAAUAAAGCAUAAAGUGACGAAGAUUUGAUUGUAUAUACACAGAGACAUUUUAUAUAACUGGAGAUUUUCAACACGAAAAAUUGUGAUUCACUUGUGCCAGUUCGCAGUGAAAUCGAUAGGUAGUGCAAGAUAUAGGAGUGUAUUUCCGGUUAGAACUUAACGAUAGAAGAAACUUAACGAAUUAAGGACGAACUGAACGACAAUGGCUGCCGAGGCACAACGCUUAAUUGGUAUAUCGUUAAGCAAAAUUGCCCAGUCGCGAAUGGAACGCGGUGGCAUUUCGCUGCACAAGAACCUGUUAGUGGCCACAGUGCUGCAGAAGGCGAGAAUAAUAUUCAUGGAGGAGGCGUAUCACAUGGUCCACGGACAUUACCCUCAUGAGCAGGCGGCGGCCGCGGCAGCGGCUAUAUCAGCCGCGGCGGCCCAAAUGAGAAAUCGCUAUUUUUGCGAGCAACAGGAGGCACUAUGUCGAAGUUACAAAGAGCAGCAUCAGUUGAUUAUUCGACGAGAUGGAGAACUUGUCGGUAGGAGUGAUGAGGCUGAAGAUGAGCCAGAAGAAGAUGAGGAAGAAUGCACUGCCGAAGAAGCCGAAGAGGAAGUUGAUGAUAAAGAAAAUGAAGCACCCAUCGAAUUGACAUACUAUGACCUGGAUAAUCAUAUAAAAAUCCGCGAUAAUCCUAAGAGGAGACGAGAAGUGACCGAAUGGGAAACAGAAGAGGCUGUCUUGUCUAUUUUGCCCAAGAGACUGUGCCGCGGAGAUGAAAAAAGUCCCGAUAGUUGCCCUGUCCAGGAAAAUGACCCACCAGCAGAAUCCCUCGAUACACCAGAGCUGAGUUCAGUGGCGGAACCAAUGGAAAUCAGCCGAAUAACAUCCCUAGUGUCCAUCUUUAGCUUUGGCAGCCUUGCGAGGCAAUCACCUGUGUCUUCAAGCACAUCGGAUCUGCACACAUUUCGCAGCCAGAACACCACAAAUACAUCAAGUGUAGCGAUGACGGCAUGAAGAUUGGCAAGAAAUUCUUCUAAUAUCCAUCGUGGGUAUACCGUUAGUCACAGGGCGGGAUUAGAAUUUCUGAGAGAAAUGGAUCUCGCAUGGAUUUUGGCGGGAGAGCAGUGCUACAAUCUCUUAGCGUUGAACUCUGUUUUAGGAGUUAUUACUGGAAACGAAUAAUGCCAGAUCAACACAAUAUUGUGAAUGUGUGAGAAAGUCUCAUUGUAUUUAAAUUAAAUGUUGUCCAAUGUCUCGGAAUAAGAGAACUUGCUAUACGGAGGUCUUUUAUGUUUUUUUCCCUUCUCUUGUAGAUUUAAUGCAGCACAUUAGGCAAAAGAUUCUUGUAAUGUUUUGUGAAGACAAGAGACAAGAAACAAGAAUAAAAAAAAAUGUAUUUUCUAAA